AUGCAGGGCUUUAAUAUGGGACGGUAUGUCCCGCCUGACCAGGAAGGCUUAGCAACCGGAAACCAAAUCGCGGGGAAGCAUGCGCUGGGCGCGCGUGCGCGCCACCUCCACACAACAGGUGCGCUCAUCGUGCGCUUCGAGAUGCCCUUCGCCGUAUGGUGCACAAACUGCAAACCCAACCCCAUCAUAAUUGGGCAAGGCGUGCGCUUCAACGCCGAGAAGAAAAAAAUCGGCAACUACUACUCGACCCCGAUCUACAGCUUUCGCAUGAAACACACCGUCUGCGGCGGAACCAUCGAAAUCAAAACCGAUCCCCAGAACACAGCUUACGUUGUUACCGAAGGAGGACGCAAACGCGAUACGGGUGAAGACAAGGAGCUACAGCCCGGUGAAAUCGCCAUCAAGCCCUUUGCGCGGGAGAUCGAUCCCGCGGAGAAGGAUCCGUUUUCCAAGAUUGAGUCGAAGGUGGAGGAUAAGAACCGGGCGAAGACUGAGGCUGCUCGCAUACUUGAGCUCCAAGAGCGACAGAAGCGUGAUUGGGAGGAUCCGUACGAGAAGUCUAAGCAGCUACGGAAGAAGUUUCGACAGGAGAGGAAGGGACUUGAGAAUGCGCAGGCCAAGGGUGAUGCCCUCAAGGACAAAAUGAGUCUUGGGAUUGAGCUCUUGGAUGAGACUGAGGAGGAUCGACAGAAAGCCAGUAUGGUGGAGUUUGGUGGGGGCGCGGCUGCUGCCGCCGAGCAUGUUUCCCGCAUGAGUCGUCUUCGGCCUAUGUUCGAGCAGCCGGAGGAAAAGCCUACACGAACGACGCCUCCUUGGUUGCGGACUAGGAAGGGUGAUCUGAUUGCGAGUCGGAAAGCUGCUUGGCGCCAUGAGCUGAUCGGGAAUUCUCGUGCUCGUAUCGAUCCGUUCUUGCAGGGUGCAACCAACCCGAGUACAUGGAAACGUCAGGUCAAGAAGAAGACGCUCGCCAAGUCGAAACCCGCUUCCUUUUCGACACCCGCCACCUCUUCGGCUCCAUCUCUUCGUGACGAUCCCAGCGACACAGAGCUCGGUUCCUCUGCCGCGGCACAAAGCCCAGCAUCCUCUACCGAGGCACCAGACCCAGCACUUGUCAUCUACUCCGAUUCGGAUUGA